AUGUCCAAGGAUAUCAAAGAUAUAUCGCAAUCAUUGGAGAAGGCAACCAUCAAAGAAGACAACCUGAUAGACCUCAGCCAAGAUGAUGAGCCGUUGGUCACUUUCUCCACUGUAGACAAUCCCGAGUGCAGUAAAAACGAUGCGAAACAAGAGGAAUUGUCAGACACCAAAAAGCAGCGAGCACCUACACCACCACCAAAGGAAACUGCCAAUUCGACACGCCAAUUCCAGGCUGAUAUGCCGACAUUCGACUUCCAUCGAUUCUUGGAGCAAAUGAAGGAGCCUAGUGCUAAUCAUAUUGCUCGUUAUACAAAGGGUUUUAUUGCUGCCUUUCAUCGUCGAGAAGCAUGGACUGUCAACGAACAGGUUAAAUUCAUUCAAGACUUUCUCAAUUUUACCUAUGUUCGCAUGAGGGAUUGUGAUGUGUGGCGAGAUAUUUCAGAGAAAGAGUUUGAAAAUGCAAAGGAAGGCAUGGAGAAGCUAGUCAUGAAUCGACUAUACAAUGUCACAUUUUCGCCCAGCACCAUGGAUGACAAGGAAAAGGACGAAAUCUUGCAUCACAAAAUCAAUAUAUUUCGCUGGAUCAGAGAAGAGCACCUUGAUAUACCCAUAACAGAUGACAACGACUCGUUUCUGACAUUUGCAGAAUCCGAGCUCUUAAAGAUGAACAACUACAAAGCACCCAGAGACAAGCUUAUUUGUAUUUUGAACUGCUGCAAAGUGAUUUUUGGCUUGAUGAAGCACAUGGAAGGCGAUGAAGGUGCAGAUGUGUUUCUUCCCCUGUUGAUCUAUGUAGUUAUUCGAGCGAACCCACCAAAAUUAAUAUCCAAUGUUCAAUAUAUAUCCCGAUUCAGAAACCCUGACCAUCUCAGAUCAGAAGCUGGUUAUUAUUUGACGAAUCUCAUGGGCGCUAUCGAAUUUAUCGAAACCAUGGAUGUCAACUCGCUAUCAAUAUCUCAAGAAGCAUUCGACAGAAACAUUGAAACGACCAUGGCAGAGCUGGAUCAGGAGCAGCCACCACAAGUUUUGAGCGAUGGCAAAAAGCAAGUCAGCUACGAAAAUGCAGUGCAUCCUAUACACGCUAAAAAGCAGCAACAGAAAGAGCAGCCCUUGAUUGAUCUAGGCACGGAUAUUGCUCAGAAAUCCAUUCAUUUUGUAGAGAAACUGUUCUCUGAUAGCAGCGCCAGUAAUAGUGAGACUGAAGCAUCGUCAACGAGUCCCAAGCAAAAUCAGCGUCGCCAACAUCACCAGCACCAUUCAGACAGUUAUGUGCCUGACGAGCCUUCAUCCUUAUCGCAAGAGUUGCCUGUGCCUGAAAACAUGGUGACUCCAGAACUAGCAGCCUCCAGAGUAGUAGAAGCAGCCUCAGCUGAGGAUUCACACAAGAUGUUUGAUGAGAAUUUAAGCACAAUUGUGUCCAUGUUUCCCAACAUUGAGCCAGGCGUCUGCUUUAUGAUUUUACAAGCCAGUGAAGGCAAAUUGCCACAGACGAUUGAAAGUUUAUUGGACAUGUCAAAUGAACAAACCAAAUGA